ACCCCGAUUUUGACGAACCGCGUGGGCGUAAUGCGCGAACUUUUUUCGCCAGCAUUCGCCACGGGAGAAUGGGCCGUUAAGUGGACACCCGCUUUCGCGAGCUCCUUUGCAUGGACACUUUCGCCGCCGCCGGGUAGUAGGUGCCACAAAACCCCGGUGAAUGGGCGAUCAGGUGAAAGAGCCGUUGCCCGUAAUUGGUGGCGGAUGGGCGCAGGUUGGGGGUGGGCCCGGUCAAUUUUCCGGGACUCCCUGCACACCUGGUGUAUUGCUGCACUGGAUCCCUCCGUACUUAUCGCCAGAGAACGGGCUGGUGCCGCCUCCUCCUCCUCCCUACCUACACCACACUUAUCUAUGGAUGGAGUGGGUGGUGUGGCGUCACCUGAUUUCCAUGAUUGGGAAGUCGUCCAUUUUGGUGAACGUUUUUGUGGCCGGGUUGGAGUUGCGGUGAGGACAGCCACAUUUGCUUCGAAGGGGACUUCAGUUUCCAGGGUUUCCUCUCCUAUUUCCCAAUCCCCAUUUUCCUAGCCGUCCACACAUCGUUCAACCAACCCCCCUGAGCACUCACUUCUACUAGCCACACACGAUUCCCGCAACCCACGCUUCUGGCGCAGUAAAUUCGGUUGUGUAGGCGUAAAAAGGCUACCAGUUUUAGAAAUAUCUAGCGUCGCUUCAAAGCUUGAACCUCGUUACUAGAGUGCUCUUAGCCACUGGCCAUGGAAGCCGUUCGUUGCGUUACCGCUCAUCGCCUCUCGAGCUUUCCCACACAAAUCCUCUCCGCGAAAAUCCCCCGGCGUCUCGCGAAGGAGGGCGCGUCCGUGCUCCGCGUGACGUGCGACUCCUCCGCGGAGUCGACCCUAAGCCGGAGCGCCGCGAGGAAGGGCUCCGAGCCUGCCACGUGGCAGGACGAGGUGCGCAGGUCGCCGUUCCUGGAACGCGAAACCACUGGUUUCGUCAGCAACAGCGUGUAUCUCGCCGACCCGGCGACUCUCUUACCGGGCCGGCACGCGCCUUCUAACGAGGAUGAGGAUUUCCAACAAGAUUUGACAGCAGACGACCGUCUGACGCGGUUCGGCGAGAGCGACGAGGACACGUGGAAGGACAUGUGGGAGGAGCGGACGGUCGGCGAGUUCAUGACGCGCAAUCCGAUCUGCUUCCGGAAAGACACGUCGUUACGCGCCGCGGUGAAGCUGCUCCUGCGGUAUCGCCUCACGGGAGCGCCGGUGGUGGAGCCGCUCGAGGGGGACGCGGUGGGAAUGGGGCGGCUCGUCGGCGUGCUAUCGCAGCGGGAUCUGCUGUGGAAGCAGCGGAAACCCUUCCCUUCGGAAGAGGACAAGAUUCACCGUCUCUCGUGCUACUACGGCAACCUGAACCACGGGCCCAUGGUUGACACGCUGAGACAUCAGAUCACGAAAAUCAUGAGCCAAAAGGUGGAGGAGUCAAUGACCGACACGCCCGUCUACGUCGAAGCAAACGCGCUGGUGUCAGACGCCACAGAGUUGAUGCUCAAUCAUAAUGUUGCCCGUCUGCCGGUGGUUGCCCCAAUUGGCGAUGAGGACGGACGGAUGACGGUGGUGGGGAUAAUCACGGAGAGCGACGUUCUCAGGCACACGCAUAGGAUGCUGUGAUGGGGAGUGGGGAGGAUUCUGAAUCUGCAACUUUAGAGGUUAUUGGACACUGCUUUCUGCGUCGCGCGCGUGGGAUGCAGUGGUGACUGGAAACGGAGUUGAGAAUGCUCGCGGAGAGGUGAAAGAUCCUGGUGAUGUACCUAUGCUGCUGCAGAGUUGUAGCUGAGUUGUGCUUCUUUUGAGCGUCACGAUUCGAUGAGCUAAGGCGGAGGAGGCACACGGCAUGGAAGGAGUGACCCUAAAUGCAGAAUAAUCCGUGCUGGAGCCCUGGGAAAUGCUUCAUCAGCGGCUGCUGCUGCUGCUGCUUGCAAUGGGGAGUUGUCAAGAAUGCUCUGUUGCUGCUGCUGUUUUCGAGGGCAUGGGGUUCUUAUCCUGACAAGCUUAGAGAAGCCCCUUUGAAUCCCUUCUGUUGAUUUCGUUAAUGCUUUGUUUGCUUGACAUCUGGCUGUUGCUUGCAGCCUUAUAGAUGGGCCUGCAAUAUUACAGAUACCGUACUUGUUAGGUGUGUGAAGAAUGCUGUAUAUAGAUCAUUGAUUCUCUGUUGCAUACUGGUAGUCAUUUUCAUGCUGCCAUAUAAUGGAAUAUUAGUCAUUCG